CGGUUGCUUGACAACGCUCAUAGGGAAGCGCUCUGAUUUGGCACCAAAAUUUUAUCUCUUCUUCGAUACACAGAUGGUGCUACCGAAAUCCAACAUUCCCAAGGAUGCUUAAGACAAAGGGGAAUCACAUUUAGUAAUACUUUUCAAGAUAUAUUAUUUUUUAUGGCCUAAAUAUUACUCCGUAAGAGUUAGCUUUGUGAUUUCGUGAAAUGUCAGAAAAGUCGGGCUCCGGCAAGUCGAGGCUUUCGUCUCACUCUACACAACUGCUCAAACUAAGUACGAGUCAGUAUCGUAGAGAGUAUAAAAGCGGAGCAGUUUAUCACGGAGGACUUCAAGGGAAUAAGAAGACUGGUAAAGGGGUAUUCAAGUGGCCAAAUGGCGCUUGCUACGACGGGGAAUACACAGAUAAUAAAAGACACGGGAAAGGCAAGCAGUAUUGGUCAGAUGGGGCUGUAUACAACGGGGAGUUUAUUCGGGAUUUAAGGCAUGGAUUCGGCCAAAUCACGUUCCCAGAUCAUGAGACUUACAAGGGGCAGUUUCAUCGUGACCACAAGCAUGGUAGUGGUGUGUACACAUGGCCUGAUGGUACAACUUUUGAAGGACAUUUUCAAAAUGACAAAAAGGAGGGAUUUGGCACCUUUAAAUUUGCUAGCGGCAAUGUAUUUCAGGGUAUCUACAAGCAAGACGAGCGCUUUGGCCCAGGGAUCAUGACAUACACUGACAAGAGGGAAGAUGUGGGGUUAUGGUCUGGUGAAAGACUUAUUAAGCUUUGCUCUGUCAUGGAAAGUGCAUUCCUCUUUCAACACUUUACAGAGUACAAUGUAAACGCUGGUGAUAACAUAUCUGGAAAAGUCAGACGGGCUAACUCUGCCUGGGAAAGCAUCCGGAAAACUCCCUCAGUUCUUGACUCAGAGAACAAUACUGGAGCCAAGGCCCUGAUCCCAAACUCCUUUCCAUAUUUGGACAUCCUUGAUGGUAUUAGAGGGAACAGAGGGGGUAAGGGACCUCUGGAAUGUGGAUCGGAAGAGCUUUUGCAGGCAGCUUCAGCAGGUGAUGGCAUAACAGUCAGUAGGUUACUUCAAGAGGGUCAUGUGCAUGUUGACGUCGCUGACAAGACUGGGUAUACUGCACUUCUUGCUGCAGCUGUUAAUUGUCACCGUGACGUCAUCAACUGUCUGCUAGACAAUGGUGCAGAUGUGAAUAAACUUAACGAUGAAGGUCUGUCUGUAUUGGCCGCAUGCCAUGUUCUCUUCUAUACCAAACAUACAUGGAAAGACAACAUUGCAGAGGCUAUACCAGAGGAGAACCUUUUUAACUACAUCCAAGAAGACACUCAAAAAGGUAUGUUUAUUCACCGGAACACUCGCACGAACACUUCCGACUCGCCUUCAGAUGACAGCCUCACGCAGAACGAGGAAAAGGGGACGGACCGAAAAUAUAGCAUAAAUAGUAACCUGUCUUUAAAAGACAUCAAUCGCUCGAAUAAAAACUUGAAGGGGUCGCUUAUUGAGCAGAAAAAUGAGGAGAAUCUGAAAGACAAUGAGCUCCUUUCUGUUGGCGACGAGUUAGAAGAUAUUGAAUCCCCAAUACAUAUAAUAAAUACGGACUUCGAAACGAGACUCCUUCUUAACAAGAACGGUUUUAGCAAAGAGUUUCUGCGUAAAACUUAUGAAGAAAAAAAGAAGAAAGAACAAGAUGCUUUGGAAUCUAAUGAAAUCACCGCCUUGGCUAAAAAAGGUGAAACUGGUUUCCGCACUGAGACAGGUUUACUAACUGGUCAGACCGGUAUUCGAACCCAGGAAACUUCACUGUUUAGUAUUCUUAGCGUCGUCAGCAGCACAAAGAAUGUCUCGACUGAUUUUGAGGACUCGCGGAGUGAGACUAGGACUAGUGUGGAGCAGAAUAGACAGCUACUUCUUACGUUACAGAGGCGUCCCCACCUGGAGGCCACCGUCCGCUUGCUGUUGAAGCGUGGAGCGGAUCCGAAUGCGUCUUCUCUACCCAUGCCCGUACUGUUCUUUGCUACCAAAGCCGCGGACACGGCUGCCAACGAGAUUCUUCUGGAGAAAGGGGCGAACACUUCCGCAAAACUAUCACACGAGAAACUUGGUAUCGCGCCAUUGCAUAUCGCCGUUGCGUUACCAGACUCCGCUGGGAUCGCCAUAACCGAGCUGCUAUUGAAGUCUGGGGCCGACCCUGACAUCCGGGACAGUGCAUUUGGACUUGAGCCGGAGAAUGGGCGAACACCGCUGCACAUUGCAUGCUGCCGCGAAGACAAUGACGAGGACGCAUGUGCCGUGGUUCGGCUUCUGCUGGAAUAUGGCGCCAACCCGGACCUGCUGUGCGAGGGCCACUCCCCGCUAUCUCUUGCGAUCUGCUCAGGGAACGAUCUGGCAGUAGACGCGCUUUUGGAGUACGGUGCAGACCCAAGUCUCAAGCUGGAGAAGGGCGUUGGUUCCGCUCUUUGCGCUACCACGUCAUUCGCUGCCGAGAGGAGGCGCACCCCUCAUGGAAGAAUACGACUGAUCAACAAGUUGAUGCGCGCCGGGGCGAACAUCAUCGCCCCCAUAUCGGUGGUUAACAAGUUCCCUCCCGGCACCGUGGUCGACUACGCCUACAAUGUCUUCUACCAGGACCGUAAGAUUGCCCACACGCCUUACCAUGCGCUGACCGUGGGGGAGAGGGACUGUUACAAUGCGCGCCGGGAUAUGCUGGAGCACUUAGGGGAUAUUCUACGGACGAUGGUGCUUCGCAAAGAGAAAGAUCUGAUCGAGAAACAGCUAGAAGUCAUGGAACGACGUGAAGCUGAAGAGGCGGAUAGACUCACGCUUGAGCCACAGCACGGAAUACUCAAAUCUCCCGAGCGGAUCCCGAAAUCCCGGCAUACACCGGUUACAGGGGACCAGCACUGCACUACUGCUCUUUCUGGUCGCGUGACCUUUCGUCUUGAAGACGAGGCUGGAGAUCGCGAACUCGAGGCUGAGGUGGAUCGCGAGAUCGAGGCUAUAACAGGGAAGGAGCCGAGUCCUGGGACCGACAGUGAGGGCGAAGAUCCGAGUCGAGCUGAUGAUAAUCCGGAUCAAGCAAUAAACCAGUCAGCUUCCUCGGUCCAGUUCCCCCCCUUGAGCUCGUCACCAGGCCGCGACGAGCACUGUGGACUUCGUAUCGCUGUCAUGAAAUACGUGAAUAUCGAUCACAUGCGCAUAUCAGCCCUCGCCACCGAAGCGCUCAAGGCAAGACGCAAAGUCAUGAAAAAUCGAUUCCGAUAUUGCUACGAAUGUGGACGAUCAAUAGGAGUUCGGCUGUCGGCGUGCACUCGUUGCAAAGAAGUGUUCUACUGCAGCAAGUCGUGUAAAUUAAAGGCGUGGAACUCUCGACACAGAGAGGAAUGCGUCCGCGUAACGGGGGGCACCAAGUCAAACGACAGACAACGCACAGAGAGUCCCACCCCCACAACAGACCCCGACGCUCCCCUGACCACUUUUCCACCUACAACACAAGGAAGAAAGUCUUCCUCACGCACCGGUAGCCAAGCGGGGAAAAGGACGCCAAAGAAAAUGGAUAAAGUUAAGAAGACUUCACCGGGAUCUCGAGCAGCUGGUAGAAGAACAAAUACACCUUCUGCAACCUCUAAAGUGGGCAGCUGACAAUAGCUUCCCUGACGAUUUCAUGGAGUCUACCUUAAUAGAACUAAGAAAAAGGAUAGGCAAAACUCUACAGUCGCUUCACAGCUUUUUUCGGUUUAACAGCAGGAUCAGUAUCAAAGAUGAGUGUUUACCCUUUUGACAGCAGUCAGUGAUGUACAUGUGCAUUGGAUGUGGAGAUGUCGACAAUGGAAAAUAAUUUCCAAUACAAUUACUAACUAUGAUUCCAUGAUAAACAUUUCCAAGAAAUCACCUGCCUAGCAAACGUUUCUAUAAGGUUGCCGCGGGAAAAAAUCCGAGAGACGAAAGAAAAAAAUCGAGCAAAAAGUAUGGCGGCGCGAAAAUGGGAGGCGAAGGUUUCUUUCGCCUCUCUCCUCACUCUACGUCUCCAUUCUUCGCGCGGCCAUGCUCUUUGCUUGCUCUCUACUCUCUAUUUUAGCUAUACAGGAACGCUUGCUUCCAGCUCCUUGCUUCGCAGGCUACCAGGAAAUGAAUCAGCGCAGUGUGUGUAUGCUCGGAGAACUAAUUUGUAUCGAUUUUUGAGGAUUUUCUCUGCGCGCCUUGUAGUUGGCGGCUGCUGGAACAGCUUCAUGGCUGUUUUACACGUGCCGUUUUGUCAGGCCGAACUGAGUCAUUGUUGGCCCAAUUCAACAGAUUAUUUUGGUGUGGGCCUGACCUUCCUCUUAAUAAGCGCCAAAGCAAAUCACAGUUUGUAAAUAUGAACGGGACUACGCCUUUAGACGAGAGUGGCUUUUUAUUUUACUUCAUAGAGUGUUGUGUGGAAGGUUUUUGAUUGAGUGAUAAUACUUAUCUUAAAUUAUUCGCUCCUAUAGCGGCCAAUACCGGACGAAGGAAGACUUUUAAGGCUAAGUGAAAAACGUCGUGAGUGCAAAUAAACAAAUAAACAAGGUCGAUCGUUUUAUAUUCAUUUGCAUGUUUUGCAUUGAAUACGGCUCAUGGACAACACGACGUUUGAACUUAGGCAAGAAGAACUAAAAGAAACAUCGAGACACCUUUAAAAAAAUAUACGCCAUAACAUACUGCCUGCGACGAACCGUUUGAUAUAAUAUGUACAAUUUGUACAUAGACAAGCACUAUUGUCAAAUCUGAAAGAACUAUUGAAAUAAAAUACGUUUUUAUAAAGUUA